AUGGAAGGAGGAUGCUUCAAGCGUUUAGUCCUCUUCAAGUUCAAAGAAGGGAUUGAAGUGGAAGAUAUGCUGAAUGGGUUGAAGAAGCUUCUUUCCGAGAUCGAUCUCGUCAAGUCCGCCGAAUGGGGAGCGGCGGCCGAUAUUCAGCAGGGCUCUGAAGCUGCGAAGCUCCGUAUCACCGCAAAAGGGUUCACUCACGCCCUCGUGAUGAGAUUCGAGAACCAGGAAGACUGCCUGGCCUUCAUGAGCCACCCGGCCCACGUUGAGUCCGGCGCUGCUUUCAUUGAAGCCCUUGAUGACUUUCUGGGCCUCAACUUCCCGGUCCUUUCUCUCAAGUAG